UUAAAGACCAUAUUUAGGGCUUCCAUGUAUAAAUGGGGGCAAAUAAUGGAGAAUAUCAGCACUAAUACUCAACAAUGGCAAAGAACGAGCACAAACUGAGAUUGUUGGGAGCAUGGGCAAGCCCCUUUGUUUACAGGGUUGGAUUGGCCCUCAAACUUAAGGGUAUUGAGUACAUGGAAGAAGAUCUCAAAAAUAAGAGCCCCCUUCUCUUAGAAUCCAACCCUACUCACAAGAAGGUCCCUGUGCUCAUUCACGGCAACAAUCCAGUGUCCGAAUCGGUGGUAAUAUUAGAACAUAUAGAGGAAACAUGGCCCGAAAACCCCCUCAUGCCACAAGACCCCUACGACAGAGCCACAACUCGUUUCUUGUCGAAAUUCAUUGAUGACAAGUUCAUACCAACACUUGGGAUGGUUCUCAAAACACAGGGGGAGGAACAAGAAAAGGCAAUGAAGGAGGCAGAAGAGGCUCUUAAAACCCUAGAAAGGGGCGGCAUCAAAGGGAAGUUCUUUGGUGGAGAAGCAAUCAGCAUUGUCGAUAUUUCUGCUAGUUGUUUAAGCAUCUGGUUGGAAGUGUUUGGGGAAGCAAUUGGCACAAAAUUUAUGGAUUCUGAGAAAUUUCCACUCAUUAGUUCUUGGAUUGAAGAGUUCACAAGCAUUGAUCUAGUCAAGGAGAGCUUUCCUCCUCGUGAUAAGCUUCUCGCCUACCAUAAAAGCUUGCUAUGAAGACAUGCCCGCAGCGAAAUUUUCUCCGAAUUAAUGAUAUCAGUCUGUGAGUUUAAGGUUUUCACGUGGAGUCAAAAAAUAAUAACAAGCAAAAGUGAAAAGAGUUGGAUUGUGGAAGAUUUCUUUGCUCACAAUUUGCAUGUAGAGUUGAGUACCUAAGGAGAUCGCAUCUUAGGCCACAGUGAUUGUUACUUAAAGAAUUUAUGCUAAGAUGCUUUGACCCUCCAUUUAUCUAAAAUGAAUCAUCUAAAAUCCUCAAAUAACAGAGAGGUUCCUAGA